AUGUCAUCACACGGCAGAAGUGAUCAUCAGGACAAUCAAGAUGAUCUUGAAUUGGGAGGAAAGCAAAAUGAAAAAAUUGAAGUAGCUGAAACUAGAAUUGAAAGCAACAAAUAUGACACUGAAGCGUGGGCGAUUCUUUUAUCCGAAGUACAAGAAAUGAAUAUAGUUAAAGCAAGAGCAUACUACGAAAGAUUUUUCGAAAUAUAUCCUACAGCAGCUAAAUAUUGGAAAAUUUAUGCUGAACACGAACUGAAAGCACACAACAAACAACAGGUUGAAGACAUCUUCCGAAGAUGUUUAGAGCCUUGUCCAAACUUUGAACUUUGGAGAUUUUAUUUGGAUUAUAUGAGAGACAACAAAGACCAUGAAAUCAUUAACAAAGUAUUUGAAGUUUGUCGGAACAAGGUUGGAAUUGACAUUUCUGCUUCAUCUAUAUGGGUUGAUAGCAUCAAGUUUAUUAAAGAUUUGGCAAUUACCGAUCAAAGCCAAAGACAACAACAAAUAGGGGUGUUAAGGAAACUUUACCAAGAAGCUAUUCAAGUUCCAAUGCACGACCUUGACAGAAUUUGGAAAGAUUACGAAGCGUUUGAGAAUGAAGUUAAUCCUGUGAAUGGAAAGAACGAGCUUCAAGAAUUUCUACCAAAAUUUAAAUUAGCGCUUAACAAGUACAGAGAAAAGAAAAAUAUUAGAGAAAAUAUGGGCGGUGUUGGUGGAUUACUUUUAAAUAUGCUUGCAACACCACCAACAAACGGUGAAAAAGAACAAACACAAAAACAAAUUUGGAAAGAUUUAAUUGAACUUGAAAAGCGAAACUCCCAAAGACUUCCACAUGAUGAGUUGAAAAGAAGAGUUAUUUUUGUAUAUAGACAAUGCUUACUGUGCUUCCGACAUCAUGCUGAUAUUUGGUAUGACGCUGCCAUGUAUUUGAUAUCUCUUCAGUGUCAUGAAGAAGCUAUACAUUUUUUCCAAGCAGGAUGUUUAGCGUUGCAACCAAUCCCUAAAACAUUGGAAACAGCUCCUUCAAAAGAGGGUAGUAUUUUACUUCAUUUGGCUUUUGCUGAAUAUUUGGAGUCUAAGAAAAAAUUCGAUGAAGCCGCAAACAUAUUUAAGGAAUUACUAAAAAUUCGUCAGGAUCCUCUUCUAUUUAUUCAAUAUAUUAGAUUUAUGAGAAGAACAAAAGGAAUGGAAGGCGCUAGAGAGGCCUUUAUUGAAGCAAAGAAAUCUCCUCACUGCUCUUAUCAUGUAUGGGUUGCAAGCGCUUUACUUGAAUACACUGUCAAUGAUCAACCAGAUAUCGCUAGAAAACUCUUUAAAAUGGGGUUAAACCAAUCCUUUGGUAAAGAGCCUGGCUUCAUUCUUGAAUACUUGAAGUUUUUGGAUCAUUUGAACGAUAAAAACAAUACUAGAGUACUUUUUGAAACCAUUUUAAAUGAAAUUCCAAAGGAGAAAUCAGUGGAAAUUUGGAACAAAUUCUUGCAGUUUGAAUACGCUCUUGGUGACCUGAACUCUAUGGAAAAAGUCGAAGAACGAAAGCAAAUGGCUUUUGGUGAGUCCAGUACCGAUGCUGCAAGUGGAAUUUCUGAAGCCCAUCAAAAAUCCUCUAUUACCGAAUUAACCAAUCUGGUGAACAGAACUAAGUUUUUAGAUCUUUGUCCUUGCACUCCUCAUGAAAUGGAAUACUUGAAUUUGAAAGCUCAGGACAGCGAAAAGAUACCUGUUGACGAUGAAACCCAUAGAAGAUAUGGCAAAUCGUUCUACAAGAUUGACUAUACGAGACAAAUAACAUUCACAAAUACCAGACAACAAAGUCAAAGCGAUAAGUCAUUGAUUGGUGCAAACGUGGCCAUUCCAACAGCUAUUGUGCCUCCAGCAUACACCAAAUAUAGAGCAUAUCUUUCUUCAAAGAAAAUUUAUCUUCCUGACUUGAAACAGAUGAACGAAUUCAAAGUUAUUCCCAAUCCAAUCGAUCAAUCUCGAGGAUCUACCAAUCUUCCUCUUGUGACAGUUCCAGAUGAACAUAUUUUACCAAACAUGGUUUUGCAAGUGUUGAAAAGAAUGCCUCUCCAAGCGUAUGUCAAUUUACCAAGCAUCGACCAAAUGCUGGAUGUUAUUGCAAAUACUCCUUUGCCUAAUAGACCACUCGAUGACCAUAAGAGAGGAAGGGUUGACUACGACGCAUCGCAUGAUUAUGAUGAAGAAGACAUGGAAGAUGAGGAUUUGAAUGCUCCUCGAUCCUAUGUUGACAUUUAUACAAAGAGAAGAAAGCAAAGGAAAUAA